AUGUCGGGCUCAACGAGCUUCUGGCCCAAGCAAAUCAUCCCGCCGACUCCUGAAAACUACAAGGAGCUGGCAAAAGAUGGCGCGGAGAGGCUCGCCGCCGUCUCGCUGGCUCAGAUCCCGGCGAUCCCGGCCGGCGCCAUCAUCCACGACAACGGCUGCGGCCACGGCUCUGCCACGGCCGUGAUUGUCGAGUCUGCGGCUCCUGAGGUGGCUGCGACGUACAGGAUCACGGGGACGGACAUUUCUGGCGGAGCCGUCGAGAUCUACCGGUCCAAGGCAGAGGCGCUGGGCUGGCCUGCCGAGGGACUCGUCAUGGACUCGGACUCGCUCUCGUUUCCCGACGAGACCUUUACUCACUCCAUCGCCAACGCCGUGCUCUUCAUCGGGCCCCGCAACAACGGCGUCGACGCCGUCAAGGAGAUGUAUCGCACGCUCAAGCCCGGGGGCACGCUCAUCGUGAACUGCUUCGCCUAUGUGGCCGUCCUGGAUGCCAUCCGCGAGGCGUCUCGCGCUACCCGCACAGGAGGCGAGCUCCCGGUGUGGAACUCGUUUGAGCACUGGGCAGAUCCAGCCUUCAUAGCCAGCAUUGUGGAGGCCGGUGGGUUCGAAAAGGGGUCCAUUAGCGUCCAGCAGCGCGAGAUGUUUGUGAAUAUUGGCGACUUUGAACGCCACACGGAGCUAGUCUGGAGCAUGAGGGGAAUGCCUGCUGGCGGAUGGACUCAGGAGGACGAGGACAAGUGGGACGAGGCGCUGGCGAUUGUCCGGCGCGAGAUGCAAAAGACAAAGGGCUUCAUGACGCUGGAAGAUGGCACCACGAUCAUUCGAAACGUCGUCAAUGUCGCAACGGCAACCAAGUGA